GGGGGCGAUGGAGCGCGUGAGCGACGCGUCGUGCGGCCCGUCGGGCUGCUACACGUACCAGGUGAGCCGGCACAGCACGGAGAUGCUGCACAACCUGAACCAGCAGCGCAAGAACGGCGGGCGCUUCUGCGACGUGCUGCUGCGCGUGGGCGACGAGAGCUUCCCCGCGCACCGCGCCGUGCUGGCGGCCUGCAGCGAGUACUUCGAGUCGGUCUUCAGCGCGCCGCUGGGCGACGGCGGCGGCGGCGGAGGAGGCAGCGGCGGCGGGGCCGCGGGCGCGACGGACGGGGGCGCGGCGGCGGCCGGGGCCGCGGGCACCGACGUGGGGGGCGCGGGCUCGCUGUCGGGCUCGCUGUCGGGCUCGCUGUCGUCGGCGGCGGCCGGCGGGCUGAGCCGCGAGCUGGAGAUGCACACCAUCAGCUCCAAGGUGUUCGGCGACAUCCUGGACUUCGCCUACACGUCGCGCAUCGUCGUGCGCCUCGAGAGCUUCCCCGAGCUCAUGACGGCCGCCAAGUUCCUGCUCAUGCGCUCCGUCAUCGACAUCUGCCAGGAGGUCAUCAAGCAGUCCAACGUGCAGAUCCUGGUGCCGCCGGCCCGCGCCGACCUCAUGCUCUUCCGGCCGCCCGGCGCGUCCGACCUGGGCUUCCCGCUGGACAUGACCAACGGCGCCGCGCUGGCCGCCAACAGCAACGGCAUCGCGGGCAGCAUGCAGCCCGAGGACGACGCCGCCCGGGCGGCGGCUGCGGCGGCGGCGGCGGCGGCGGGUGCGGCGCUGGCCGGCCAGGCCUCCCUGCCCGUGCUGCCUGGCGUGGACCGCUUGCCCAUGGUGGCCGGGCCGCUGUCGCCGCAGCUGCUGGCCUCCCCGUUCCCCAGCGCGGCCUCGGGCGCGCCGCCGCUGGCCAGCAAGCGCGGCCGCGGCCGGCCCCGCAAGGCCAACCUGCUGGACUCGGUGUUCGGCAACCCCGGCGGCCUGCGCGAGGCCGGCAUCCUGCCCUGCGGCCUGUGCGGCAAGGUGUUCACCGACGCCAACCGGCUGCGGCAGCACGAGGCCCAGCACGGCGUCACCAGCCUGCAGCUGGGCUACAUCGACCUGCCGCCGGCCCGGCUGGGCGAGAACGGGCUGCCGGCCGCCGAGGACCCCGACGGGCCCCGCAAGCGCAGCCGGACCCGCAAGCAGGUGGCCUGCGAGAUCUGCGGCAAGAUCUUCCGCGACGUGUACCACCUCAACCGGCACAAGCUGUCGCACUCCGGGGAGAAGCCCUACUCGUGCCCGGUGUGCGGGCUGCGCUUCAAGAGGAAGGACCGCAUGUCCUACCAUGUGCGCUCGCACGACGGCUCGGUGGGCAAGCCCUACAUCUGCCAGAGCUGCGGGAAAGGCUUCUCCAGGCCCGAUCACUUGAACGGACAUAUCAAGCAGGUGCACACUUCCGAGCGGCCUCACAAAUGUCAGACCUGCAAUGCUUCUUUUGCCACCCGAGACCGUCUGCGCUCCCACCUGGCCUGUCAUGAAGACAAGGUGCCCUGCCAGGUGUGUGGGAAGUACUUACGGGCGGCAUACAUGGCAGAUCACCUGAAGAAGCACAGUGAGGGGCCCGGCAACUUCUGCAGUAUCUGUAACCGAGGUUUCUCCUCUGCCUCCUACUUAAAGGUCCAUGUUAAAACCCACCACGGUGUUCCCCUUCCCCAGGUCUCCAGGCACCAGGAGCCCAUCCCGAAUGGGGGAGCAGCGUUCCACUGCGCCAGGACCUAUGGCAACAAAGAAGGCCAGAAAUGCUCACAUCAGGAUCCGAUUGAGAGCUCCGACUCCUACGGCGACCUCUCAGAUGCCAGCGACUUGAAGACGCCCGAGAAGCAGAGCACCAAUGGCUCCUUCUCCUGUGACAUGGCCGUCCCCAAAACUAAAAUGGAGUCCGAUGGAGAGAGGAAGUACCCAUGUCCCGAGUGCGGGAGCUUCUUCCGCUCCAAAUCCUACUUGAACAAACACAUCCAGAAGGUGCAUGUCCGGGCCCUUGGGGGCCCCCUGGGGGACCUGGGCCCUGCUCUGGGCUCACCUUUCUCUCCCCAGCAGAACAUGUCUCUCCUCGAGUCCUUUGGAUUUCAGAUUGUUCAGUCGGCGUUUGCAUCGUCUUUAGUGGAUCCUGAGGUUGACCAGCAGCCAAUGGGGCCGGAGGGAAAGUGAGGCAGAUGCUUCGUCCCCACGGAAAUGACCACUGGGGACUACUGAGAAAUGCUGUGAAUGCGGAGGAAAGUGAUGUCUUUGGGUUCUGUAGCUGAGAGAUUUUUUAUUCUUUUUUUUUUUUUUUAACACCCCUUCCCCUACCUCUGUCAUCCCAGUCCCUCUCCACUCCCUGUCCCCACAGUGGUCUUUAGAAAUAGAUACUUGUUGGAGACUCCACAGCAGUAGCUAUGAGAUCCAGUACGGGACAAGGGUAGAAAACACUAUAUAAGCCUCUGCGACAACAUCAGACCCAGUUUCUCUCCUGGGGACAUGUUGGGGUCCCUGGGUCCCAAUUCUUCAUAGCCCCCAUUCCAACCCCUGCUGAUGGCAUUCUGGGACCUCACUGUCACCCCCACCUCCCUAAUCCCUCUCACACAUACCGUUUCAUCUCCCUCAGAAGAAACCACAGUAGGGUUUCUGCCCCUUUACACAAUGCUGAUGCCCAACUGUCAUUAUGGAAGCUGGAAGCCUGCAGUAGCCUCUGGGCUGUGGGGUGAAUGUCCUCCGAGAUCCCUUUGAGCUUUGACCUUGACCUGGGAGGAGUGGGGCCCAGACCUUUCUGAGCCCUGCCUGACUGCUAGCAUUUCAUUCCUAGGACAAGCUCGCUCUUCAGGACAGCUCUACUCUCGAUUCCAGUUUGUCCUUGGUUCUAACCAUUCAACUUGCUGUUGGGUUUUAAUUCUCUAAUUAUUAUUAUUAUUGUUAUUAUUUUUUAGGACAAGUCGUAGUGAAUUGCUACUGAAAGCUAUCCCAGGUGAUACAGAGCUCUUUGUAAACCGCAGUCACAUGUUAGGGUUAGUAUUAAACUUUGUUUAGAUGUACCAUAAUUAACUUGGUUAGUGGAUUGUUUGAGGUCUAUGGAAGAAAUAGUUUUAUGCAAAGUUUUAAAAAUGCCAGUCUGGUCAGGGGGUCGGGGGCGUCAGUGUGGUCUGGAGCCAAGGAGAUGGGAUUGCUGGCAGGGUGGGGGACACUGUGCUUCGGGGGUGUCGCACAUGAGCAAGCUUAGGCUGACCUCGUGCUGUGAAUCGAUCUGAUCAGGCUGUAUUAAAAACAUUAGUAUGGUA